CCCCUCCUCUCCCCUUUACCUUCUCCUCCCCUCCCCCUCCCUCUUUUCUCCUCCCCCCUCUUUCCCUCUCCCUCCCCCUUGCUCUCUCCACUUGGGCCACUGCUCACUAACAAGUCAGAGAAUUGCUGAGGCCCACCAGGUCCCAAGCCCUGCUCCUGUCCCCAGGGUCCACUCUCAACCUCUGUGGAGGGGGAGGGGUGGAUCUCCUUGCCACCCCCAUGCCUUCAGUUCUCACUCUGCCAGCCCUGAGGACCAGGAGCCCCAGCAUCCCAGUUCGUGAGAAGAUGCAUGUCCUAUGACCACAGAACAAACCUUGCUCUGUCUUGUACCUUAUCUGCCCUGUCAGUGGACUCAGCAGUGCUGCCCAGUGAUUCCAGUCCCUUCUGAGACAGCCCCCAGAUAUACAGAGAGGAUUUUAAUAAACAACGGUCAGGGUUCUCUUGCCAAGCUGUGGACCCAUCAUGACUUGUUAGUCAUCCCUCAUUGAUCUCCCACUAAGUCUCCGUAAGAAGGUCUUCUGCCUUCUGCCCAUCCAGAACCAGGCAUGGGCUCCUGACUGUUGGGGAUCCUGCUCGUCUCUGCCCUGUUCUCCCCUUCAGGUUUGACAUUCAGCAAAGCCUUCAUGCCCUGAAGGGAGGCAAGGGCAGUAGACCAGACUGCUAGACAGACGGAUGGACAGACAGAUGGAUGGACAGAUGGACUGGUGGACACACACAUACACACAUAUGCACAGUUCCCGACUUCCCCUCCAGGCAGUACACUACUGCUUUAGAAAGAGAGCAUUUGUUCCAGACCCAGCCCUUCCACUCCAGUCUGGCAAGGGGUGGCAUUCUCAUGCCCAAGUAGGAAAUUCAGACAGGGAUGUCCCGGCCUUUGCCCUGCUGCUGUUUUAGCACGGUGCAACGCUGCGGGUCAAGAGACAGAACCCAGAACCCAUAAGGAACCAACUCCUACGAGUCGUCCUCUGACUUCACAUACUCACCCACAUGAAAUAAAUGGAAUAGAACAUUUAAAGCAGAAUCGGUCUUGCCUUUGCCUCGGCUGACCUCUUGUCCUUCAUCCUGGUACUUGUGGGAGGGGCCUUCAGCAUCCCAGGUCCCUCAGGCAAGGUCAGUGUCCACCAAGGAGCCUCUGCUAUCAACCAGGCCGUGAAGACUAGAUUUUGCUAAAGGCCAGCCCCUGACAUGAAUGACAAGAUCAUGGCAUCUGCUUCUUGAAAAGAACCCCCUUGAAGCCAACUAUGACUUGUUGCCAUAACCAUGGGGAGAGCAAUGUUGCUAUAAUUUAAUCAGGUUUCUGUUUCUUGCUCUCAAAGGGGUUCCAACAGUGAUUUAGGCAUGUGUGUGUGCACGUGUGUGUAUGCAUGUAUGCAUGUGCUUGUGUGUUUUUUGUAUUUUGAGAGAGAGAGAGAGAGAGAGAGAGAGAGAGAGAGAGAGAGAGACUCUCAUCAUAUAGCCCAGGCUGGCCUCGAACUCUGUACCUUCUGUAUUCACCUCCCAGGACUUGGGAUCACAGGUGUGGGCCAUCCUGCCAUGAUGAAUAUUCACUCCUGCUGGGCAGAGAGAGGUUGGCAUGGAGACAGGCUCCCCCUCAUGGGGGUGUGUCCUGGACACAAGUCAGUACUCUAUGCUACUGAAGUGGAGAGUGACAAUUGAUGACCCAGGUGACUACAGCUAGGGACAGAGGCACACCCCUGUCACCUCAGCACUUGGAAGGACAAUGGGCAGAUCCCCAAGUUCACAUCCAUCCUAGGCAAAGGAGUGAGAUCCCAUCUGAAAGAAAGAUGUGAAACCUUUGUCCUUUAUCGAGGACAGAUGGAGGUGGGGGUAGGAGGCAGAGAGACUGUCUCUGAUGGUGGCUUGCCUGACAAUCACAUCAUGGGUGUGCAUCUGAGAACCCACAGAACUGUGAGACCCCAAGUCUGACCUUCAAGCUAGCUGUGACCUUGAAGACAAUAUCCAGUAUGGACCAGUCCCCUGUGACAAACCCACCACAGCUGUGCUGGAACUGCUGCCUGCCAUCUUCUGGCUUUCUCUCACUGGCUCUCCAUGUUUUAGUGAGGUGUGUGUGUGUGUGUGUGUGUGUGUGUGUGUGUGUGUGUGUGUGUGUAUUCUGUUGUUAAAAAUCUUGGAGACUGUCAAAUUAUUUUUCUUUAGUAACAAUUCAAGAUCAAGAAGGAAGAACAACAGAAACUAUCUUUUUGAUGCUUCUUGCCUCCUGGUCCACAGCCUGCAGUGAUGAGGGUUUGACAGUCCAAAGAAAUGCCAGCAGGUAAUCAAACCCCAGAGUGUCAGGGAUCCCAGGAGCCAAAGGAGGCAAGUGUAGAGUCUGAUUUGCAUAGCCCCGCCCUUCCUGGGAAAGAGGAACCAGCUAUGGAUAUAAGGGGCAGCUGACUCCAGAGGCAAGGCUGCAGUCAGCAAACAUUCCUGGCCUCAGGAUGGAGAAGGAUCUCAAGAGUACUCCAGCUUGGAAGCUGGACAAGUUCAUACAGAAUCACCUCCUUGCUGACACCACCUUCGUUACUGAGGCCAAGGCAGACAUAGAGUUCCUAUGUGAUUUCCUGACUGAGAGAUGCUUCCAAGAUGCCUCCCACCCUGUGAGGGUCUCUAGGAUUGUGAUGGGCGGCUGCUAUGAUGAAUACUCCAUGCUCAAGGGAAGGUCAGAGGCCACCCUGGUGGUGUUCUUUAACAAUCUCACCAGAUUUGAGGAUCAGUUAAAGCGACGGGAAGAGCUCAUUGAAGAAAUUUGGAAACACCUGUGCCAGUUGCAGCACGAGAAACAGUUUAAACUGAAGUUUGAGGUCCAGAGCUCAGAGCAGGACAACUACAGCUCUCUGAGCAUCAAGCUGAGCUCGCCCCAGCUCCAGCAGGAGGUGGAGUUUGAUGUGCAGCCAGCCUAUGAUGUCCUGUAUGAACUGAAAGAAAAACUGGAGCUUGACUGUGAGUUCUACAACAAAAUCUAUGCCCGGCUCAUCCGUGAGUGCAUCACCCUGAGGAAGGAGGGCGAGUUCUCCGUCUGCUUCAUGGAGCUCCAGCAAAAGUUCCUGUGGAAUCGUCCAGAAGACCUGAGGAAUCUCCUCGUACUGGUCAAGCACUGGUAUCAACUGUGUAAGGAGAAGCUGGGGGAUUCGCUGCCCCCACAGUACGCCCUGGAGCUGCUCACGGUCCAUGCCUGGGAAAACGAAAUUCCAGCCAAAUAUGGAGCACAGACAGCUCGGGGUUUCCAGAGUGUCUUAGAACUGAUCAUUAAGUACACCUGUCUUCGAGUCUACUGGACAUUUUAUUACGACAUUCUACACCAGGAUGUCUCCAGCUACCUGCACAAACAGCUCCGUAAAGAAAGGCCUGUGAUCCUGGACCCUGCUGACCCAACAAGGAACGUGGCUGGUUUGAACAUAGAUGGCUGGUGUGAGCUGGCAAAAGAGGCAGAAGCCUGGCUGAAGUACCCGUGCUUUAGGCACAUCGAUGAGACCUUUGUGGGCUCCUGGGAAGUGCCGGUGAGACCCUGUCAUCAUCCUGUUCCCUUGUACACAACUUUGGUCACUCCAACUCUUUGGAGAAUAUUCUCAGGGAGCCAUUUUGUUUUUUCCUAAAGGUCUCAACAUUCCUCUGGAGGCCAACUGUGUGCUUUGUCUUCCAGCCAUUUUAGAACCAUUCAGAAAUAUGGGCUGGCAAGGUGGCUCAGUGGGUAAAGGCACAGCCAACACUGAAGACCUAGGUGCGAUUCCCUAGAACUCAGUUGGUAGAGAGAGAAAAAAACAACCCCCCAAAAUAGUCCUCUGAUGUUCAUCUCUGUGCUGUUACACAAGUGGACAUGCACACACGCACACACACACACACACACAGGUGCACCCAGAUAAAGAAACAGAUACAUAGACUCUGAGAGCUGAAGCCACUGGCUCAGGGACACUCGUCUAGUCAUUGGCAGGGCUAGAAUCCUGUGGACUCUGAAGCCACUGUCAGGUCCAUCAAGCUUCCUGUCUUCCCUAUCUCACUGUCAUGUGGCCAAUGGGACUCAGCAGGACUGUGUCACAGCCAUAGAGGCACAGAGGGACCUGCACUUGGACCUGUCCCCUCCUGGAGCAGAGUCUGUCUGAUGCUAGGGAACCGAUGAUGUAAUUUGUGACCUCAGAGUGGGAGAGAACAUGGGUGCAGUGAUGUGGGAAAGAAAUCUCAGAAGGUCAGGGAGGAAGGGAGAGGGGACAUGGAUUUGGCAGAUCUAUUAAUGUAGUGUCUACCUGUGAGCCCAAUAAAUACACUCAGAGGGCAUAGUCAUAAGGGUACCCUGAUGGCCUGCUUCCCACCUCUGUAUGUGCUGGCCCCCUUUCUGAGGAGCUCCAGGUACACAGCCAUGGUACCCCCAUCAGGACUGGUUUAAAUCCCCCUCCUGGAAGCCUUGCAGACGUCUCACGUGGUUGUACGGUUUUUUUGGAUUUCUUUUUGUUUAAUUUUUUUGCUUGUUUUUGCUUUUUGUUUGUUUUUGUUUUAUUUAUUUAUUUAUUUAUUUAUUUAUUUAUUUAUUUAUUUAUUUAUUUAUUUAUUUCAGCCAGAGAAACAAGGAGGUGUCUUCCUGUGAGCACCACAGCCCUUGCCCAGGAGGCUCUGGAGUCAGGGGCAUUCACUCCUCUGCUGCAAGACCUUGUCCUGCAGAGAACAGUUUGGUACACCAGGCUCCAGUGAGGGGCAUCCAACCUGUGAUCAGACUCUAGGCUUCUGAUCCCGUCCUGCCCAUGGGACAGCCUUCCUCACAGCCUGCUUCACCUGCCUUAUCCUCCACAGUGCUCUCUGGGAGUCAGACUCCGAAGGAAAGAGAAGAGCUCAAACUUGGCUUCUGUCUGUCCACCUGUGGGGAGGCUCUGUCCACAAACAUGUCUGAUCAUGAACAAUUGACCACAGCAAUCCCUGAGGGAGUGUGCACUCGGAGGGGUGAGUCCUCAGCCCACAUAGGAACGGCUCAGCAGAGGAGCGUGGCCCGGAACGCUGGGGAUCUGGCCAGUGUGCAUCAAGGUGCACUGUUGGGCAAAGUGUGAGCUGGGGUUACGGCAGUGCAGGGAAAUAAGAUUAUGUACACUUUAAAACUUAGGACCUUAAAACGUAUGUGUGUGCAUGUGAGGAUGAGAUUUGAAGCCCUGAAUUAAAGUAAAAUGCAAAGGACUAAACUAAAGUGAAUUUCUUUAUUUUCCCUAACUCCUCUUUUUCUCUUUCUGCCUUCCUUCCUUCCUUGCAACUGUAUGUUAUAUGUCCCACCCUAAACUGAAACUCACAAAAUUCCACCUGCCUCGAAUUUCUAAGUUCCGGGGUUACACACACACACACACACACACACACACACACACACACACACCCCACUUCGUACAGAGGAUAAUGUUCCCACAGUUCAAUGUGCUGAGCCAACAGUCUUACAGAUACACAAAUACAUUAACUGUAAAAUGUCCACUUUUGCAGUCUACACUUGGGCCCCUUCUCACUGUGAAUGCACUGAACUUCUGAGGACUACCAGCUCCCACACCCUCCUCCUGUCCCCAGACCCUCCUCCUGUCCCCAAUGUCCACUUUCAAACUCUGUGAAAGGGAAGGGGUGGAUCUCCCUGUCCCCCAUUCAUUCAGUUCUCCCUCUAGCAGCCCUGAGGACCAGGAGCCCCAGUGUCUUCGGGAGAGGAUGCCUGAGCCCAGACCAUAGAACAAACCACGCUCUGCCUUGUUCUUUAUCUGAGCUGUUGGGGGACCAAGUGAUGCUGCUCUAUGAUUCCAGUCUUGCCCUUCUGAAACACCCACAGAUACAAAAGGGGUUUAGUAAACAAUGGUUUGUGGUCCCCUGCCAAGCCGUGGACCCAUCCUGUCCUCCCUCGACUACCCCACAUUAAUGAAAUUCCAUGCAUGAUCUGUAAUGGCUGCCUCCCAUUUCUCCAUGCUGGAAUAUCUUCCCCCUACAUAUGGAUCUUUAAGAUCAAAGAUGGCAGUUGUGGGCAUGGCUUAGUAGGGAAGGACUUGCCUAGUGUCUGACAGAGGGAGAGGGGUGUGUGUGUGUGUGUGUGU